CCACUCUACCUGACCCUUCCAGAUAAUUUCCGAGAGGAUCAUGGCCGGGAUGAAAGCACUGGUGUUGGGCAUGGUCUGGGCUAUUGCCUGCUCCUAUUGCGUUGCAGCCGAUAUACCCAUACAGGCAAACUUUGAUGCCACAAAGAUGGCUGGUAAGUGGUACCCUCUCCAGAUAGUAAUGGAUCUAGGGGGGAUGAAUGAUGUUAAAAUUGUUUCAAGAACAGUGACGCCCUUGGACAACGGAGACGUAGACAUUGGCGUUGAAGGACUGGAGAAUGGAGUGUGUGGCACAAAAAUAAUUAAGUUUUUGCACACCGACCAGCCGGGUAAAUUUACAACAGAAGCUGGGAGCACUAUCCGCAUAGUAGACACAGAUUAUGAGAGUUACCACAUUGUUCACGUUGAGACCGGGCAACAAAACGUCCUGCAUUUUGAAGCCAGGAACCCCCAAGGAUCAGACAGCUUAAAGGAAAAAUUCAAGCAAGUUGCGGGCUCAAUGGGAUUCCCUACAGACAAAAUAAUCGACAUGCCUUCAACAGGCUCAUGCCCGUAGUGAGAGAACAACCACUGCAGGUGCACCAGUUCCUGGAGGAAGGCAAACAUGUAAAUAAACAGAAGGUUUACCACAGUUUCUGAACCAAGAUAUGCCCUGCAGUAUAAUAAAGUGUCACUUGGUCUUGUGUAACAA